AUAAUAAUUUGCAAAGAAAAGUAUGUUUUGUUUGUUAUUUAUAUUUUUUAAUUAUAAUAAUUUUCGUUAUUAAAGCCUUUUGUAUUAUGUUUAUUUAAAUACAUUUUUUUUUACUGCAACAACAUCAUUAAUUUAUUUGUAUUUACUGUAACUUUUCUUAAAACAUGAAUGUAAGAGUAUACAUUUACCAAAACGUGAAGGCAAGAGUACACAUUUGCCGGAAAACAUACAUAUAUAUUAUAUUCAGUUCACGUAUACCUAACUUUUUGGCAAAUGUGCACAUUUACCGGUAAAAGUGUACAUUUCCCAAGAGUGUGCAUUUACCGUAACAUAAUAUAAUAUAUUAUACAAGAAUUGCUCGUUUAAAGAUAUCAAAGAUAUCAAUGCUUAAAAGAACGAAUAUGAAUGAACGAAAAAUGCUCUCGAGCUGCCAAUCGAAUGCACGCGAUUACACAUUCAAAAACAGGGGAUCGUCGGACGCGGACGUACGGAAUUGUGUUCGUGCCGACAUUAUAUAUUGCGUGUCGUGAAAUAACAACUAAAAUGGCUAACUUUGAACAUAAAGGAAAUCUGUCUGGCGCGAACUAUGGGCCUCCUCCACAAAAUCCGCCUCCUUACAACUAUCAGCCCCAGCAAGUUCCAUAUGCUAAUGUUCCUAUCGUCCCCGUCGUGGCUCCUCAACAAUUCGUGACGGUUGUGCAAGCGCGACCAAUGGGCCCUGAACCAUCAAGUUUAACCUGCCCCUCCUGUACCGCGGUCAUCGUAACUAGGGUUCAACACGAUGCUUCGAGCAAGACUCAUCUUUUUGCGUUAAUCCUUUGUUUGAUAGGAUGCUGGCCAUGUGCUUGCAUCCCUUACUGCAUGGAAAGCUGUCAAAAUGCUACUCAUUACUGUCCGAAUUGCAACGCCUACAUUGGAACCUAUACAAAUUGAUGAGUUUGUGAUAAAUGCAAAUAAAAAAAAAACAUUAUUUCAGUUGGGCGUACAUAUAUCUCUCUUCAACUGUUUAUUCUCUUAUGAACUUUAUAUUAAAUAUGUCACAGUAUAUCUUUCCCUAAUUUGAAAAAAAUCAUUAGAUAUUGUUGUCAGGAACAUUUUAUUUAUGUUUUGUUAUAUUUAUAAUAAACUAUUUUGCGACAAGUUUUCCAAUACUGGGAUGAGUUAUUAUAGCACAAAUAUGUAUAAAAAAAGACCUAUACGGUCAUAAUUAAAUUGUAAAGAUUUAA